AUGGCGAAGAACAAAGACGACAUACACUACGCAACGGCUCAAGCCAAGCUAUCGGAAGACGAGCCAAUUCGGGUAAGAUACAAACACGGUACACCAUUAGAGGGAGGGAAGAUCGCAGAGUCCGAGCCAGUAGACCUCUUCUCAAGCGCUCAAAAUGUUGAAAAGGGGAAAGAUCAGCCAUCCUCUGCAGCAACAGGCGACCAAACACAGAUUCACCGUAACGUGAAAGACAUCACCACCGGAUAG